CUUAAAAUUGUCGACUCUCUUCAUAUCUUACUCUUUCACUUUCACCCACUCAAACUGUUCUUAACUUGAAAUAUUAUUUAUUAAAUACAUGUAGUGUCAUUGCUUUUAAAGUGUAAUCGAAGUGUAUUUGACUUUUUUACCAAUAGUUUACUUUAUUAUUUAUCAAUUAUAUGGUUGAGUCCAUUAGUUGAUUUUACAAUGUUAAUCAGUGAACUUCCAGAGGAAUGUUUACUCAUCAUUUUUGGUUUCAUCAAUGAAUUGGAUGAUUUAAUGGAAUGCUAUAAAGUAUGCAGUCAAUGGAGUCGUUUGAUUUUAGAGCGAACUAGAAAAGUUAAAUAUUUGUUUGAACAUCAUGAAUGGUGGUGUUAUAAAGUACCUCCAAGUUAUCCGUUUGAUUAUGUUUACUAUUCAAUACCCUAUGAACCAAUGGAUGUAACUUUUGUGAGCACAUUAUUUCCUGAUUUGAAGAUUGUCGAAUUCUCUGACGACUUUUGGAGAAGAUCAAAUUCUGAGGAUAUCGUUACAUGGGUCAAAAAGAUGAAAUCUCUAAAAGGAUUAAUGCAUAUCUUUUUUGCUAAAGAAGAAGCAAUUUUCCAAUAUUGUAAUGAACUUGAAAUGUUAUCCACCGAUUACGUUGAGGCAUGCACAAAUGUGAAUAGUGUCAAUAUCAAACAAUUGUGCCUUGUUAAUGAUAUCUGCGGAUCAUUCUUGGAAAAUGCACAUUAUUUUCCAAAUCUUGAAAGAUUAUUGCUGCAUACAGAAGAAGAUCUAAGAUACUACUACGAUGGUCCCAUAUUCAGCCGACUUAAAAUAGUUCAAUUUUCCAAAGCCGAUGGGAGCUUAUGGGAAGAAGAGCUUAAAGGAAGCACUUAUUAUGGUUUCCAAUUCAUGGAUUCAUGUCCAAAUUUACAGAGUGCGGCUAUUUCAUUGGAAUAUAAUAGCAUUUUUGUUGAUGAAUCAUUGCAGCAUAAAUCUUUACAAGAUUUAGUCAUAGUAUUUUCUGAACCUAAAGAUACUGAUAGUGUCACCUGGAAUGAAUUUAAAAGAUUGUUUAUCAAGUAUCCAAAUCUUAAACAUCUCGCACUGAGGAGUUGGAAUAGGCUGACCAAUAAUCAUGUUAAGCAGUUGGUUCGCAUUUUACCCAAUUUAGUGUUAUUUGAUGUUCGUGAUUGUCCAAGAGUCACCCAGAAAGCUGUUAAUUAUAUACAAUGUUAUAAUAGACGCCAUGGACGGACAAUCAAAUUUUAUUUUGAUGGGAAUUAUCAUAAUAUUCAAUCAGAUUGGCCUCAUUUAUCCACCAAGUAUGAAAAAAUAAGUCAAGGUUUCGAUUUCAUGAAAAAUUGUUUUCUUAAAGAUUUUUAUAAGCUUCCUACUUUCUUAAUCUCUAGUGAGGACUGAAUAAUCUGUGAACAUACUCAUCUAUAAGUAUCUUAAAUGUACAAUAUGCAUUCACGAUAUUAAUUAGGAAGAACAUUAGGUAAAAAUGACCGAUUCAUAUAAUUUCAAUCGAAUCUAUCGCUUUUAUCAAUUCUGAAUAAAAAUUUGUAUAAUCAUUA